AUGGCUUGCCCCCGUGUGCAGUACCGCCGCCGCAUGCACUACGCGACGCGCGGCAACCGCAUGAAGCUCGUGCGCACCCCCGGCAACCGCCUCGUGAUGCAGAAGCGGGCGAAGCGCUCGCAGGGUCCCCACACGCCGUGGGUGCUGGGCCACAAGCGCCUCGCCGGCACGAAGGCGCUGCGCCACACGGAGGCCCGCCUCGCCUCGCGUCACCAGAAGAGCACCUCGCGCCCGUACGGCGGCGUGCUGAGCCACGAGCAGGUGCGGGACCGCAUCCUGCGGGCCUUCCUCAUCGAGGAGCAGCGGAUCGUGAAGCGCGCGCUCAAGGCCCGCGCCAAGUCGCAGAAGGAAAAGAAGCGCCGCGACGCCAAGAAGAAGCGCAAGGAGGAGAAGAAGGCCGCCAUCUCGAAGAAGAUUGCGAAGAAGAUCGGCGCGAGGUCUGCGCUCACGAAGAAGCCGGCCGCCAAGAAGAGGACCACGGCGAAGGCCCCCGUCGGCGCGACGCUCAAGAAGAAGUAG